UUUAGUACCAUCGCUGCAGGAAGCAUGCAGUUGGUUGAUUCGACGCCAUAAAUCAACGGCUACACUGGUCGUCUCCCAACAAAGAGGCUACGGGAAUCUAAUGGAUCCUGACUUGGACAUGUUGAAUGAUCAUAGGCACCGCGCUUCCGCUGCUGCUCCUGCUCCUGCUGCUGCUGCUGAGCAUGAAGAAGGCCCCAGCGACAGCGCCGAAUUCCGCGACAUCCACGCGUUAACACCCCCUUCCCACCCCAGCCGCGGCCGCCGGAGAGAGCUCUGGGAGGGCGGCAGCCACCGAUCAUCCUCCCUCUCCAUAGGGAGCGACGCCGCCAGCGAGGGCUUCACGACCAUGAGCAGGGAGUUCAACGCCAUGGUCGUUGCCGGUUCCACCAUGCCGAACGACGGUGGUAACGGCGGCAACGUCGACGACGGGCCUCAGAACCAGCUCGCUAGGAUCGGGGAAGACGAGCUGGAGGAGACUAACCCGCUGGCUAUCGUCCCCGACAACAACCCCUUCCCGUCACCCCGUCGCCCUCCGCCUGAGAUCGACUCUGCCGCCUCCAGUUCGGCCGACGAGGUCCGGGUGCAUCUGGUGAAGAAGGAAGAGGUGGAGUCGAAGAUAUCGGCGUGGCAGACCGCGGAGGUCGCCAAGAUCAACAACCGCUUCAAGCGCGAGGAGGCGAUCAUCAACGGGUGGGAGAGCGAGCAGGUCGAGAAAGCCACGGCUCGGUUGAAGAAGAUCGAGAGGAAACUGGAUGAGCAGCGGGCGAGGGCAAUGGAGAAGAUGCAGAACGAUGUGGCAAAAGCGCACCAGAAGGCGGCGGAGAAGCGGGCGUCGGCGGAGGCCAAGAGGGGAACCAAGGUCGCCAAGGCAUUUGAACUGGGCAACUUUUUGAGAGCUGUGGGAAGAGCUCCAUCCAAACGCUCCUUCUUCUAGUUCUGAUCACAUCGCAGCACUGUUUCUCCCUUAUCCUCCUCAUGUUUGGCAUUGGAUCGUAAGCUUUGAAGACUUCCAGAUGGAGACUGUUCCAGUUCUGUACAUGAACUUGUUGCCUUCAAAUAGGUAAACGGAGUGAGAAUUGAAGUCUAGAGGCUGAUUUGUGCGUUGUAACAUAAAGUCAUAUACUCAUGCAGCUUAAAUGAGAUCGUUGUUGGUCAAGUUUCUUCGUCAGAUAUCUGAA